CUUGCUGUUGGAUAUGACAUUGGCUGCAAUCACAGCAAGACAUUGGCAAGAAGUAUUAUAGGACAGGAAGCUCAAGAGAAGAAUUUGAAGAUGUACAUUGGUGCCUUCCAUGGGUAUGCUCACAAUCACAAGUGCCAGCUCCAGUUCCACCUGUGCUGUCUCAUGACAGCUGGCUUGGAGACAUUUGAGACAAACAAGUGGGUGUUCUCAAAGCAGAACCUCAUGGUGCACUUGUUUUGA